CCAACCCACCCACCCACCCACCAGGCCACUCCGUAGAUAUCUCCCCCCAACCCAAACUCCCCCAAACGCUCCGUCGUCGAUCCGACGAACUCUCUCUGGCACCAACCACGGCUGUGACCACUGCCAUACCAUGGCUUCCGUUCAAGACCAGACCACUGUCUACAACGAGGAAGACAUCGACGAUGAGGAGGAUGAAGAGAGCCUAGAUCGGCCGCGCAACGUCGUCCUUAUGGACGAUGAAGACGACGAUGAAGACGUGGAGGAUUAUUCUACUUCUUCCUCCAACCUCGCCGCUCCCGGUCCCCUCCACCUCUCUUCUGUAUCCCCUGCUACGAGGGCCCCGCCUUCUUCAGGCGACGUCACCAUCGCCGUCGCCGGCGUUAACUGCGAUCCAGUCCAUCCCAAUUUGGAUCCCCAUCGGAUCGAUACCAUUGCAGUGGCUGCGUCCUCCGUCUCAGUCUUCGAGGAGAAAAAGCCAUCAGCUGCGUUUGAUGAUUCCCGGAAGCUGUUCCAACGGCUGUGGACAGACGAGGACGAGAUCGAAUUGUUACAAGGGUUUCUGGAGUACACGACGCAGCGCGGCGCGAUUAAUUCAUCUCACCACCACGACACCACCGCUUUCUACGACCAGAUCAAGAACAAGCUGCAGCUGGAUUUCAACAAGAACCAGCUGGUCGAGAAGCUCCGGCGGUUGAAGAAGAAGUACCGUAAUAUCGUAGGUAAGAUCGGUGCCGGAAAAGAUUUCGUCUUCAAAAGCGCCCACGACCAGGCCACAUUUGAGAUCUCUACCAAGAUAUGGAGCAACGGUGGCUCUGCUGUCCGUGGUGGCUCCACAGCUGCAGCGGAUACGGGCGGCGGCGGAUUUGAAGAUGAAUACGUAAACCCCUACCCUAACCAAAAUCCCAACAUUAGCCCUAACCCUAAAUCUAAUUCGAUUGAGGCAAAAACACCUCGACCAAGAAAAAGAUCGAGGGGAGGUGCUGCGGCCGCCCUGAGAAUGGACGAAAAACAAGGGCUGAUCAGUCAGCCAUCCGCCGGAGUUAGCGUGGUAGUAACACCUACAGCAAACACCACUACAGCUACGGUUCAUCAGAUUGCCGCCACUCAGAUGCCGAGUACGAUAGAGGACACCGUCAAAAGUUGUCUCUCUCCCAUAUUCAGAGAGUUACUGAACAAUGUGACAUGUUUGAAUGGUGGAAGAUGGAGAGGGUUUGAGUUCGGAAUGGCUUCGAGUCCAUUGAGCUUCGGAGUAGGGUCUCUGAGUGCCGAAAUGGUUGCGGAUGAGAGGUGGAGGAAGCAGCAAAUGCUUGAACUGGAAGUUUAUUCAAUGAGGUUAGCGUUGGUACAGGAACACAUAAAGGCACGACUGGAUGAGCUGAGAUCAAUGGGAAGCUGAUGAUGAUGAUGAUGAUGAUGAUAAGGCGUAUUUUAAAUAAUUACCCUAAUAUACAUUAUGUGUGGUAGGUGUCUUAAGCUCAUCCAUUGUUGACCACCAUGGCUGAAAGAUUUAGUGAGGAGGCAUUCCGAGAUCUGUUCAGACAUCUUAACUGUGGCUGUUAAAUAACGCGAGUUUAAUUUGGUAUGACCGUGGCACAGCUUGUUCGAAAAGUUUAUAACUUUGUGCAGAUAGAUGAUUAACUUGUACAUGGGAGUAAAUUAAUGGACAAGAUUAUAAAGCUUGUGGGAAUAC